GGAAAAGCGGAGCGCGGCUUGUGUGAGUUGAGGUGGCGAGCUGUCGAUCAGCAAAAGUUUGCAGAAAUCAAAACACUACACACACACACACACAUCACCGUCUCUCAGACAUUUUCAGCACACAUUAUCAAACACCCGUCUUUUGUUGUAAACAUGGGCAGCUUUUUCUCACAGAUAUUCUCUCGUCUCUUUAAAGGAAAGAAGCAGAUCAGAUUGGUGAUGGUUGGUCUGGAUGGUGCAGGCAAAACUACAGUUCUCUACCAACUCAAACUCGGUGAAGCUGUCGCAAGUAUCGCAACUAUUGGUUUUAAUGUGGAGACGGUUGAGUAUAAAAACAUCUCAUUCACUGUGUGCGAUAUUGGUUAUCACAGCAAACUCAGAAGUUUUUGGAAAUAUUAUUAUCAGAAUUGCCAGGGUCUGAUCUUUGUUGUGGACAGCAGUGAUCAUGAAAGGAUUGAAAGGGCAGCAGAAGUGAUAAGUUCAAUGCUAGCAGAGGACGAGACGAGAGGCGCUGUUUUACUGGUUCUGGCUAAUAAGCAGGAUUUACCCAAAGCCAUGCCGGUCCAUGAGCUGACAGACAGACUGGGUUUACAUGCUCUGACUGGAAGACAGUGGUUUGUUCAGUCCACAAGUGCAGUUCAGGGAUCUGGUUUAUAUGAAGGACUCAACUGGCUCACAGAUCAACUCUCCAACAAUAACAUUAAUGCUUUUUGAAAAAUAAAUAAUUAACACAAUGGAUUGUCGCUGAAUGAAUUUAUAAUUAUAAUUGAUUGUAUUAUUAUUGUUAACUUAUCACUGUGAAAAUGUUCAUGUUUAAUAUAUUUAGUCAUAUUUUGACUUACUGAGAUCUGUCUGGAAUAUAUCUGUACCUUCAAAGUAUCUGGAAUAAAUCAUGUUUUUAUUGACAUGGGUUAUGUGUCAUUUAAUAUAUGGGUAAAGGAUAGACAUGGGACGGUAUAAGAUUCUGACGGUAUGAUAACCUUGGAUAAAGAUAUAACAUAUUCACGGUAUUGUGAUUACUGCUCUAAAAUAUGCUCUUUUUAAA